AAACGACCCAUAGGGCGAAAUAUUUGCUGAGGAGAAUUUGUUUCUUCAAUUGGGGGUGGGGGGGGGUUCAACUACCACCCGACCUUCUCCUUGGCCAACAAACGAGGUUAAAUGAAACAAUGAAUUCAUCUCUCUCUCUCUCUCUCUCUCUCUCUCUCUCUCUCUCUCUUUAAGAUUUGAAGUUUGAUCGAGAGAAAGCAUUCCCACACGCUUUCAUUCCAUGCGACAUCAUUUGGGAGGUAGCUGUUUCCAUGGCCCAUUUUCAGAAUACCCAAAGAACCAGAAACCCAUUCGGUUGGCUUUCUCUUUUUCUUAGCAUAGCAUUUGCCUUCCAAGAGAAGAUGGAGCUAUUUACACUGAGCCUAUCGGUACUUCCAAUGACACUGUCAACUUAUUAAGGCAAUGGCUGCCUUCACGUUUUCAUUGUAAUUCUCUCUCUCUCUCUCUCUCUCUCUCUCUCUGGUUCAAUUCUUGGUGGUCUUGUUUAAUGGCUGCCAUGGGCAAAACCAAAACGGUUUUAAUAGUUACUGGCAGAGUUAUAAACGAGGCUGUGAGCUUCAUUGUCUUCUCUUUUCUAGACCUUCUCGAUUUCCUUCUUUGCUUUGUUUACAAGUUAGCUGACUUCUUCAUUGAAGCCGAAUGGAAGCCAUGUUACUGCUCGUCCGGCAAAGAAGCCAUCACUUGCAGUGGGAAAAUCUUGGUCUCCGAACAAGGCGGAUCCAAGAUUGUUUGCCUUAGCUCAAGCAAGCUACAAUUGGAAGAGAUCUCCGACACCCUCUACACACGUCCUUCCUUGGUGUCCGAGGUGUCUAGCUUGACGGUUACCGAGCUCAAACGGCUCAAAGUGGCCGACAGGACCACCAUCGUACAAUCUUGUGAGAAGAUCAAGAAGGGCACCGUCCGUUCAUCGUUCACGGUUAACUCCACCAUUGUUGAAAUGCUUCAAGGAAAGAUUGGACGGCACGGCCAAUUACAUCCCAUCCCAAGAUGGUCCGAUUGUAAUUGUAGAUUUUGCACUUCUUGGACCUCCUCUAGCAAAGAAACUCUAUUUGUUCGAGCUGAAGGACGCAAAGAAAAAGCACGAGAAGAUGUGCUGUUCAUUCAUGGCUUCAUUUCAUCAUCAGCAUUUUGGACGGAGACAUUAUUUCCAAACUUCUCCAGUGUGGCCAAAUCAACUUAUCGCUUAUUUGCCAUAGAUUUGCUUGGAUUUGGAAGGAGCCCUAAGCCAACCGACUCCCUUUACACGCUAAGAGAGCAUGUAGACAUGAUAGAGCGGUCCGUGCUCGAGCCAAACAAAGUUAAAUCCUUCCACAUCGUGGCUCAUUCUUUAGGCUGCAUUUUGGCUCUGGCGCUCGCAGUUAAGCACCCUGCCUGCGUCAAAUCAUUAACACUACUCGCACCUCCAUAUUUCCCGGUGCCAAAGGGUGAACAAGGUGCGCAAUAUGUGAUGAGAAGGUUGGCUCCAAGGCGUGUGUGGCCAUUGAUUGCGUUUGGGGCUUCAACUGCAUGCUGGUACGAGCACAUCAGCCGGACGAUUUGCCUGCUCAUAUGCAAGAACCACCGGUUGUGGGAAUUUCUCACCAAACUUGUCACUAGAAACAGGAUGAGGACAUUCUUGCUUGAAGGUUUCUUCUGCCACACCCACAACGCUGCAUGGCAUACCCUCCACAACAUCAUCUGCGGCACCGCCAGCAAAAUCGACGCAUACAUGGAUGCAGUCAGAGAGCAGCUGAAGUGCGAGGUCACCAUCUUCCAUGGCAAAGAUGAUGAGCUUAUCCCAGUUGAGUGUAGCUACAAUGUCCAGACCAGAAUACCUCGUGCCCGUGUCAAAGUGAUUGAGAAAAAAGAUCACAUAACUAUCGUUGUAGGAAGGCAAAAGGCAUUUGCAAGAGAACUAGAGGAAAUAUGGAGGAACUCAUCAAGUGGUUAAUUAUUAAAGAGACCUCCUGGCCUUUUUUCUACUUUCUUUCUUUUGGUCUAAAUUAAGUCACCAUAAAUUCUAGCUCA